ACCGACGAUCGAGUGUAACAAUGAGGGUGAUGCCUUAAUGUGGACGAUUAUCAAAAUCAAAUAAAUAUCCAGUAUGAAGACUAUGAAGUUGCAAAAAAAAAUUUUUUGCUUUUCUAUUGAUUAUUUUCUUUAAUAAAACAGUUUAUAGAGACAAAAAAUAAAAUUUUUAAGAAUAAGUUUUGAAAUGGAACCAUAUAGUUAUUCUUGGCUUUUUAUUAUUGGCGCAAUUACUGCGUUCGCUAGUGGAUUUGGAAUCGGAGCUAAUGAUGUAUCAAACAGCUUUUCAGCUUCAAUUGCAUCAAAAGCCCUCUCUUUAAAACAAGCGUGCUGUAUUGCUAUUUUCACAGAAUUUUUGGGUGCUUUACUACUGGGCGCGAAUACGUCAGAAACCAUCGGGGGAGGAAUUAUAAAAUUAUCAUUAUUUCAAAAUCGUCCUGAAUUACUCAUAUUGGCCAUGGUUUGCGCCAUGGUUGUCUCGACUAUAUGGGUUCUUUUCGCAUCAAGUCGUGGAUGGCCAGUUUCCACUACGCAUUCAAUUGUUGGUGCUACUAUUGGUGUUGGUGUUGCAGCCUUCGGUUGGGAAGCAAUUGACUGGAGUUUUAAUGGCAUGGGAAAAAUUAUAGCUUCAUGGUUCAUUGCACCUAUAGUAUCAGGAGUUGUUGCAUCGAUUGUUUUCUUAGUAACGAAAUAUUUGGUGCUUGAACAUCGAGAAAGUUCGUUCCAACGAUCUUUAAUGGCUGUUCCGAUUUAUCUUUGUAUAAUAGUCAUUAUCAAUACAUUUGAAAUCGUCUAUAAAGGUCCAUCCAAUCUUAAUUUAGACAAUCUUAAACCCUACAUUAUUGUAUCUGUUAUCGUUGGUAUUACGAUUAUCUUUGCUAUUUUUGGUCAUUUCUUUUAUGUACAAUAUUUAAGAAGGAAGAUUCUUGGUAAAGAAAAUGGCCUCAGAUGGUAUCAUGUUUUUGUCAUUCCCUUCAUUAGUGAGCGUUAUGAAAAUACUGCUGAUAAUACUGCUGAAAAUGGUAUUGAAAAACAAGAAAGAAUCGAAAUUGAAGAAAACGAAGAUGUGUCAUCUAGUUUAAAUACCAAAAAGAAUAUUUUCCAAUUAUAUCUUGCGGCUAUUGGAAAAUUUGCCGCCCGUAGUGUGAAUAAAGAAGUUGCAGAUUACAAAGUGCAGGAAAAUAAAGAAAUGCAUGAUCUCGCUAUAAAGUAUGAUCCGGAUACGGAAAGUCUAUAUUCUUUCCUUCAAAUUCUUACUGCCUCAUUCGCUUCAUUCGCUCAUGGUUCAAACGAUGUUUCUAACGCGGUCGGUCCCUUUUUUAUAAUAUAUCUUACUUAUCAUUCUGGAACAAUUCAAUUAGGUGAAACAACUACACCUAUUUGGAUUCUAGCUUUAGGAGGCCUCGCCAUUGAUUUGGGACUUAUUCUUUAUGGAUAUCACGUAAUGAGAACCCUUGGAAAUAGAAUUACUUAUCAAUCUCCAUCACGGGGUUUCUCUUUAGAAUUGGGUACUUCAUUAACAAUAGUAACAGCCUCAAAACUGGGUCUUCCUAUUUCAACAACACAUUGCGUUACUGGAGCAACUACAGCCGUAGGUCUGUGUAAUGGAAACGCAAAAGCAAUCAACUGGAGAUUGUUAGGUUUGUGCUUCUUUAGUUGGAUAAUAACAGUACCUGUUGUUGCAUUACUUGCUGGUUGUAUUUAUUCUUUUGCUGCACAUGCGCCUUCGCAAUAAAAAUAUAUUUUUUUUUAAAACUGUAAAUUUAGAAAAUUCUAAUAAUGUAAUUUAAAAAUUCGAUUAAAAAUAAAGUUAGUCUAAAUUUG